GAGACGCUAACAGCAAUGUCCACCAGCGAGCGCUUCGACUGCCAUUAUUGCAAAGACUCCCUGCUGGGAAAGAAGUACAUCAUGAAAGAGGACACGCAGUACUGCACUAAGUGCUAUGAGAACCUUUUUGCUAACUGCUGCCAGAGCUGCUCCCUCCCCAUUGGCUGCAACUGUAAGGACCUGUCCUAUAAGGACCGCCACUGGCACGAGGAGUGCUUCAAGUGCGCCAAGUGCAGCCGCUCCCUGGUGGAAAAGGCCUUUGCCGCCAAGGAUGACCUGAUGCUUUGCACCGAGUGCUACGCAAAUGACUACUCCUCCAAGUGCACCACCUGCAAGAAAACCGUCAUGCCAGGUUCCCGCAAAAUGGAAUACAAGGGCAACAGCUGGCAUGAAACAUGCUUCCUGUGCAACCGCUGCCAGCAGCCCAUCGGAACCAAAUCCUUCAUACCCAAAGAUGACGGGUUCUUCUGCGUGGCCUGCUUCGAGAAACAGUUUGCCUACCAGUGCUGCGCCUGUAAGAAGGCCAUCACCACCGGCGGAGUGACCUACCAGGACAAGCCUUGGCACCGCGAGUGCUUCCUGUGCAUUGGCUGCAGGAAGCAGCUGUCGGGCCAGCGCUUCACCUCCAGGGAAGACUACCCUUACUGCCUGGAGUGCUUCAGCAAUCUCUAUGCAAAGAAGUGUGUGGGCUGCACCAAGCCCAUCACCAGUCUGGCCGGAGCCAAGUAUAUCUCCUUUGAGGAGCGCCAGUGGCACAGCGAGUGUUUCACCUGCGUGCAGUGCUCCGUCUCGCUGGUGGGACGAGGCUUCCUCACCCAGCGUGACAACAUCCUGUGCACCGACUGCGGCAGGGAGAAGUGACCUUUUACCAAGUUUGAUAUGAUAGCACUUAAAAAAAACAAAUAUUCUCACACAGAUGCCGAAAACAUGUAAAGAUUUUGACUUUGCAUGGCUAAUGCGUAAACGACAGUCAAAGUCCAAAGCUUGUUUGAAUGAGUCAGCCCUCCGAAACAGCAAGUCAAUCCUAAAGACAAAUUGCAGAAGUUUCUUGAAAUUGGUUUCAGCUCCUCCCUUCUCUGAAAUACCAAAAUACCAUCUAUAAAAGUAGUUUCAAUAAAGCAAA